GUAGACUGCAGCAACAUGCUGCGCAACACCCCCCCUGGCAUCCGUGUCCAGUAGCAAAACGAGAGCGACGUUCUGCCUGACAACCAGUCAUACCUGCACGAACAGCACAGUGUUUGCGGCUGGAAUUUCCCAUCCAUGUAGUGCUGCGUUCUUCCCCCCCCCCUUCUCCGGCGAUACAAGUAUGGGCUGGCUCCCUCCUCGAUCGAUGGCACCGUGCUUCAGCGUCUUGUCCGUGCCCGAGUCCUCAUUUUGCACCGAGCUUGACGAGCAUGAAUGCAUUCAGCUCUGAAUUUCCUGACUGGUGGCCGGCACUUGAAGGGUCGGCUUUUUCAAUGGUCCAAACCUGCUCCUAAAACAGAUGGCUUCGUUCCCAAAGAAUCUUCUCCCAACCACCUGUCGCGCCUAUGGAAGCACAGCCACGACAUUGGCAGGGAGAAAUGGGCCUAUCCCUCAAAGCCUAUUGAGGACGAGGCUGGCGGAGACCUGGGAGGUCUGCCAUUCAACUUCAAAGCCUCGUCUCGUGAUGCGAUAGAGCAAAUGCAAGAGCAGGAAGCAACACAAGACAGUAGCGGCCAGCAAGAAGCAUUCUCGGUGACCAAUUGCAUAGCAACGUUACGAAAGCACCGAAAUAUCAAUGCAAAAGUUCUAGCGAACCUCUUUGAGUUGAACGCCAUAAGGGCUCCCAUGUUCCAGCAGACGGAGUAUGUUGUCGACCUCUUGCAAGACUUUAUACUCCGAGUGACUGAUCUCACGAAAUCGGAGGAUUUGCCUGACGACCUCACUGCACAGCUUGGUGAUAUCCGACGCAAAUUUGAUCUGUUCCGCAAAGGCCCAUUCGCCUCUUUUCGAGCAGACGAGGCUCAAUGUGCUCAUUUGGAAAACGAGAUCAUUCAGUCUCUGUUUUACUCUGGCAGGCGUCUAGAUGCUUUCCUCCAGGCGAACUCUGUCGGCUCAGCUGCUUUGGCAGACUAUGAUACCAUUGCGAGUUUAGUAAGCGAACCAGACGACCUGGGCGAGGCACCCGCCGAGCAGUCCCCAGAACAUAUUCAAUACUUGACCAUGAUCGGCGACCGAGACAUGAUACUUGAACAGCUCUUGGAUCUUCGAAACGAGCAUACGCAACUCGUCGAAGAGCAGAACUGGAGAGCUCAUUUCGGCCUCAGCCUGGACGAGGACUCGUUGCAUUUUCUAAAAUCCUUUGGAGUACAAGAGCAGGCACUCCUUGACGAACUAGAGUAUGCGGAACUAGGCUUGGAGGCCUUGAGACAGCUCCAGGCAGACGAUGAAGCUCUAGCAAUCUCAAAAGAAGCUUCCGAGCGUGAGCCAGACGAGGAUGAAGCCGCAAUGAGGUAUCUUGAGAUGGCCAGGCCGUCGAGCCAGGCCAUUUCCCCGCCUCCCCGAAGAUUGCUGCAAAGUCCGCUCUAUCAAGGGAUUCUGCACCGCAAAAUCAGAUUGGUAGAUCACCUCCGUGGUCCAGAUGUAAUACCAGUGGACCAUGGCGACUUCAUCAAUGCGUGGCUCCUGCACCGAUUACAAUCUCUGCCUCGACUGCUCGGCGAGUACAUUUCACUCAUUGAGACACAAUACGACGACGUCGAAGAUGAUGAUCUGGAGCAUCUGUUUCUGGAGAAGUGGUUUAACGACUCAUCGGCAGCCGAUUUUGCGAAGCAUCGUACGUUUGCGGACCAACAAUCAAUGCAAGCAAACCUCGCAGAGUCGGCAGAUUUGGCGCAGCGAAGCCUUUCGGCCAUUGUCAUCCGCACGACGUCUUCAAGGUUGCUGAGGAUGGGGCCUUCGACGACCGUACAAGACAUCAUAGACCAGGCGAUCCAGGCGCAAGGUAUAUCAUCUUCGCAUUUGUCUAACGCUAGUUCUCCGUCACUUACCGACUCGCCCUCGCCCUUGCGCCGGCCCUGAACUGGCUUGCUUACACAGUCUCGACAGAACAUUGUCUCCUUCCUCUUCUCUGCCAUAUGCUGUUAACUGCAGGAUGCAUGGACUAUAUCCGCCUUGCUUUCACGUAAUUUCCUGCUCUCGGCCGCCCGUCGAUUUUCUAUUUUCUAUUGUGUCCUUGCAUGCUCUGUCUUUCUUGUACCAUUUGGCUCUGGGGUGGAAUAUACUGCAGCAGGACCUAGGCAAAGCAAAGGCGUGGCGGUUCACCCUCUGUCAGACUACGUACUGGUUGCACGUCACCUGGUUUUCGGCAACGAUUAUGACGAUCAGAUAUAAAGGCUCAUGUAACAACUGUUGAUACACAAGAUCGACAGCAAUCACACGAACGGUUGCCGUCCUCUGAUGCCCGCUCUCAAUAAAGAGAGCCUCGCAGGCUAUUUUGGCGUCCUCCUGGGUUAGCACUGGAUAGGCUCUGCUCUUUGAAGCCGCCCUUCGAUUGC